AUGAUGGAUAACCGUUUUGCUACAGCACUAGUGAUUGCCUGCGUUCUCAGCCUCAUCUCCACCAUCUAUAUGGCAGCUUCCAUUGGCACUGACUUUUGGUACGAAUACCACACCCUGUCCCCAGCUGAGAAUGUUAGUGAAGCUGGUAGGACCAUCUGGGAGGAAUUUGUCAGCGAAGAGGCGGAUGAGAAGACCUACACAGAUGCGCUCUUCCGGUGCAACGGCACGGUUGGAUUGUGGCGGAGGUGUAUCACUGUGCCCAAAAACUCUCACUGGUACAGCCCACCAGAAACUGAUAUGACUACAAACUGCAUCAGUUUUUCCCUCUCUGAUCAGUUUAUGGAAAAGUACAUAGAGCCUGGAAAUCACAAUAGUGGCACGGAUUUGAAUCGAACUUAUCUCUGGCGAUUGCAGUUUCUCCUGCCCUUUGUCAGCCUUGGCCUCAUGUGCUUUGGGGCUCUGAUUGGGCUCUGUGCUUGUGCCUGUCGCAGCCUCUACCCUGCCAUUGCCACUGGAGUCCUCCAUUUCCUAGCAGGGCUUUGUACGCUGGGCCUGGUUGGCUGCUACGUAGCUGGGAUUGAGCUGCUCCAUCAGAAGCUGCCCCUGCCUGAUGACGUGAGGGGUGAAUUUGGCUGGUCCUUCUGCCUAGCCUGUGUCUCGGCACCUUUGCAGUUCAUGGCAGCUGCUCUUUUCAUCUGGGCGGCUCGCACCAACAGAAAGGAAUUCACUCUCUUGAAAGCCUACCGUGUAGCAUGAGUGCCGCUACCAAAGUAGCGGAUUUCCGUGUUACAGCCUCUUCUCUCCCCAGCCCUUACUACUUUUUUCUUUUAGUCAGAAUUUUACCUUGUACUGCAUGUUUCUUGCCAGUUGAGACAAUUUAGCCUGCAGGCCCUGAAGACAAAGACCUCUGGGCUAAAUGACCAAACUCUGCCAGAAGUCUGCA